GGCGCACACCGCCUCAGCCGCUGCUUUCUCUUCCUCUGCCUCUCACAGGAAGAUGGUACCGUGCACAGAGCGUCCUGCACGCGGAGCGAAAGCGUCACUGAUCGACUCGCUGCGGGACUUUUAAACUCACCAUGCCGGGUUACUUUAGGUUUCUGCUUUUACUGCUCUGCUUGAUCCUGGUCGGGGAGUGCAGGAAACACAAGAAUAGGAAAAAGCGGUGGUCCGCGCCGGCGGAGACGCACAAGCCGGGCACUCCUUUGUCGAAGAAGGUUUCAGAUGGAACCAAAACUCGGAAGGUGAAAACCACCCACCUCCUGCGCAUAGACGAGCAUGACUUCACCAUGAGGCCCGCCUUUGCAGGCCCAGCUGUCCCAGUUGGAGUGGAUGUUCAAGUGGAAAGCUUGGACAGCAUAUCAGAAGUAGACAUGGACUUCACCAUGACCCUGUAUCUGAGGCACUACUGGAAGGAUGAGAGGCUGGCCUUCCCAAGCGCCACCAACAAGAGCAUGACCUUUGACGGGCGCCUGGUGAAGAAGAUAUGGGUGCCCGAUGUGUUCUUUGUCCACUCUAAGAGGUCUUUCAUCCAUGACACCACCACUGACAACAUCAUGCUGCGGGUCUUCCCUGAUGGUCAUGUGCUGUAUAGCCUCAGGGUUACAGUUACAGCAGCAUGCAACAUGGAUUUCAGUCGUUUCCCUUUGGAUUCACAGACAUGCACACUGGAACUGGAGAGCUAUGCUUACACAGAUGAAGACCUGAUGCUGUAUUGGAAAAGCGGUGAUGAGUCCCUGAGCACCGAUGACAGGAUUUCUUUGUCUCAGUUCCUCAUCCAGAAGUUUCACACUACCUCCAGACUGGCUUUUUACAGCAGCACAGGCUGGUACAACCGUCUGUACAUCAACUUCACUCUGCGGCGUCACAUCUUCUUCUUCCUGCUGCAGACCUACUUCCCUGCCACUCUCAUGGUCAUGCUGUCCUGGGUGUCCUUCUGGAUUGACCGCCGGGCCGUUCCUGCCAGAGUCUCAUUAGGUAUAACCACGGUGCUCACUAUGUCCACCAUCAUCACUGGAGUCAAUGCCUCUAUGCCCAGGGUCUCCUACAUCAAAGCUGUGGACAUUUACCUCUGGGUCAGUUUCGUCUUUGUCUUCCUGUCUGUGCUUGAAUAUGCAGCAGUCAACUACCUGACAACAGUGAGGGACGGGAAAGACCGAAAGCUGAGAGAAAAGGCCAGGGAACAGUCUCAGACACUCCCCUGCACCUGUGGCAUGUCCCAUACCAGGACCAUGAUGCUGGACGGUACCUACAGCGAGGCAGAUGUAAACAGCCUGGCAGGGUACACCAGGGCCUCCAUGGCGGCUGAGGAUGCAUCGGAGAAACAGGAGCGAAUGGUGGUGCAUCUCUCCCUGGACAACGAGCCCACAGGAACCAAGAAAAAGGGCAUCCGUGGCUUCCGGAUAAUCCAGAACACUCACGCUAUUGACACCUACUCUCGCAUGAUUUUCCCUGGCGCCUACAUCCUGUUUAACCUGAUCUACUGGUGUGUGUACUGCUGAGUGUGUGCGUCUUAGCUUAAACUGUAGCAGUGAAAGAUAGACUGCAAAACCUCUGACCAAUGAAGUUGUUUCCAUGUAGCAUGUUCAGGUGGAACGAUGAGUUUGGCAGGAUGACAAUCAGAGGCUUCUGGGUGUGAAGAUCUCCAACUCUGACCCACACACCAACGCUGGACUGGAACACUUAUACAGAUGCUCCUCCUUGACAUAAUAUACCACAAGCUCAUAUCUACCCAAAUCAAAUUGCAACACUGGGCUGGUUGCACACAUUUUGCCCUUAGACUAUUCUAAUGCCAGUUGUGCAAAAAUAAAACAGGCUCAUUUUACGCUGAUUUUGAGGAAAUGGUAUUAUUGAUGACUGCAACUCUGCCUACAACUAUUCCCACCUCAACCCCUUUGUUGUGCCCGCCUAUUGUCUAUUUGCAUCUUAUUCUUACGCAUGGUAUCCUUUUUGUGUUAACUUUAGCAUUAGUGCCAUUUUGUUUGUCCCCUCGUCUUUCCGUUUAAACAUUUUUUCUGCUACACUCAUCACUGUUUUAUUUUCCAGAGAGGGGGGUCUUUAAUAGUCCUAGUGUUCCUGUAACUUUGUCACGACAAGUUGAAAUAUGCUAUAUACGCUGACUGACAACUUUUCAGUAGGUAACUUUGUAGGCAUUCUUAAUCCCACCUACAGGUAACUAAGUAGCUCUUUCUUCAACUGUGGGGAAAAGCUGUCGAUGGGCUGUGGGUGUUAAUCGGCAUGACUCGAGCAACUUCGCUGCAAACUUGAAAACACAAAUAUUGGAUGUUUUGUUACCUUGUUAAGUUGUUUUUUGGCUAACAAGUUAGCAUUUAGUUUUUUCACAUGUUUUAGGAGACACAAAGCAACAUUAGCAUUCAGUUUCUAGUCACGUGUUUAACUCUCCACUCAACCCUCUUCUUUUCUGCACUAGACACUGAAAAAAGAUAUCCAGAUCUAUAGCUUCUAAAUGCACCACUUUAUUCAACAGAUCAUCUCUUAUUUUGAGUCUCCGUCAUUUGAAUCUGAGCAUGGUUAUUAUGGAAAAUAAUGACUGUUAAAGCUUCCACAUCAUAAAGCUUAGCACAACUAACACCCAGGGCCCACUAGCUACCAUAGCAUCAUUUGGUUCACCAGAUCUCUUGCUUUUCAUUUAGGGCCCCGUAUUAACAGGUUUGGAAAGCUUACAGCUGGGCGAUGCAGCAUUAAAAUACAUUGCUAUAUUUCUGGCUGUAUCAAGAUACACACUAUGUAUAUCUUGAUAGUUUGAAAAUCCCAUCAAUAAGUAAUACAGGCUUUGACAGUGAAAAUGAUCUGAUGACAUGUUGAACUCAUAUCAGCAACACUUCACCUAUCUAUAUAUGGCUAUAUAUGUAGGAUAUUUCACAGACUUAACAAAAUGUCAUCUCUUUCAACUCUUUCAGCCCUUUCUGCGUCUGUUUCCAAACACAGCGUUCUCGUGUGUCUAAGAACUUAUACGUCUGUCUGAAGUUGGACUGUAAGAUCUGAGCCACAGUCAGUUAUUGUGCAACCAGCCCUCGCCUGCCUCCCCCAAAUAACCCUCUCCUCUCUGAAGCGCUCUAUAUUUAUGAUCAGACUGUCACAAAAUAAGAAGAGUGCAUAAUUUGGCUGCUGCUGCCUCUGUAACCUUUGGAGCUAACUGAGUCACAACUGAACGAUACAGAGCAGAUGGCUAAUGAGGCAGUAAGUGAGCUAAAUACCAGGCUUUCUUCCUUUAACAGAGCUCUGACUCCAGGGACAACAUUUCAAUUAACGUGACAGUUAAUACUGAUGCCCUGUAUUACUCAUGGACUACUAUUGGCAUUAAUCAGACUGAAGCAACCCGUGAGGCCAGGACUAAACAGGAUCUUCUUACAUUAAGGGGUUUAACACUGCACACCAGAGAUGUUGAGCAAAGUCUUUGUCUAUUUAUGUAUUUACAGGUUUGUUCAUUCACUGGAUUUCUUUUCUUCAAUAUUAACAGUAUUUAUUAUUUAUUUUUAGGGCAGCAAUAGAUCUAUGUGCCAUUAUACCUUAAGUUGGCAGAGAUGUACGAACAGGGCUUGUACAGAGCUGCUUGAUGCAUGCUGCAGAUGUGCGAUACUGUAUCUUUAGUUGUGUAUUUCCUAGAAAGGACUUAAAAACAUGGAAAGCUUUACCAGUGAUGUAACCAACUUGAACCGCCUUAAGUGAACACUUUUAUACACCAACAUGAUUUAAUGGCUGUAUUUUUGUCUUUUUCAUUUAUUUGUAUGAGUACAAUGAGUGACUGCAUAUUUAUAUUGGGGUUUCAGCAGUAUAGCAUCCACUUUAGCAUUUAAUCAUAUGAGCAAAUAGUAAAGUAGAAACUGUACCUAGACUGACUAGGCUUUGAUUAUCCAUCACAUGUGCUGCAGUUUCAUUACACAAUUCUGGUGUACAAGUCAGUAGUCUACUUCAAAAGCAGACUCUACCUUCAAAACUAUCCACUUUUAAAAUAAUAGUCAUUUUGUCAAAAUAACUUAUUCACCUUGUUGCUUGGAGUUUGGUGAGAAAUAUCAGUUUCAUGUCAGUGCACAUUGGAAGGUGAUUAGCUAAGCUUAGCUGAGUGUUAUGAAUGGAAGCAGGAGAACACAGCUGCACAUCACAUCUGAAGCUUAUUAGUUACUAUGUUUUAUCCUGGUUGUUUACUCAUUACUUACUUCACCCAAAACUUAAAAUUCAGUCAUCAUCUACUCACCUCGAUGCUGAUGGGAAGUCAAGUGAAGUUUCAUAGUUCACAAAACAUUUCUGGAGCUUCAGCAAGAAACCGCCUGGCAGCAUUCUGCUAAACAAGUGAAGUAGCUGGAGACUUGAUUUAAUAUGUAAAAAAAAAAAAAAAAAAAACAAAACAAUAAAAAACAAUAAUAAAAAAAAAAUGAAUGCACACAAGAAGUGGGUGCAUGAGCUUGACACAUGUCAAGGGUCUAAUUAAUGUCAAGUGACAUAUCCAACCUGCUGAUGUCAUUGGGACUUACAACAACCUGCGUAGCUGUAAGUAUCACAUCUGCACUUGUCACCAGACCUGCUGUAUAUGACCCGGGGAAGAAAUCUGUGAUGGUUCAGGGUCUGGAACCAGGCUAAGCUAGCUGUAUCCCCCAGUUUCCAGUCUUUAUGCCACGCUAGGCUAACCAUCUCUUGCAAAGCUAAAAAUAUUGGAUUUUGGAGAAUGACCAACUCUUUUAAACCCAGGGUCUCAGUCCGCUUCAGCCUUUUCAGUCACUGAUAAUGGGUUUAGCUUCAUGGCAGUCUAUAUUUGCCAAAACUAGAUGUGAUUUUUGUUGAUUGUUUUUUAAAUGGUUUAUACCAUUUGGGAAUGAAACUCUCACAACAGUCAGAUGGGUUCUCAGUGCAAAAAACAAAACAGGAAAGACGUGUGCUAGCAGAUCCAUUAACUUCCAAACCAACAUCACUUCUACCUUCAUCUUCAGAAUACGUUCAGAAUGUAAUGCUUUCAGAGCAAAUUUCAUAAAUAAAGUCUUUC